AUGAAUGAUGAUGACGACGAUAUCAUCGUGUCAUCAAGCUCGAAGAGGAAAAGAAAUAACCUGAACUCCAAAGCAUCGGAAUCGCCACAUCGCAAAAAUGAUAGCGGUAGUGCUAACGGCAAAAGCAACGAAGUGAAAAAAAAGGCCCCGGAGGCACUGAAAGGAGCCAGUGGAGGCUAUGCCUGGGAGGAUGAAUACCGUCGAUCGUGGGAUAUAGUGCAGGAAGACGAGAGUGGGUCGAUUGAAACGAUCGUCUCAGGAUUAGUCGAAUCACAGAAAAAGAGAUACUUAAAAAACGUCACGCCGUUUCAAAGAGGUAUCAUUCGUACAAUGGUGCUAGUUCUCGACUAUUCUUCCGUUAUGCGAGAAAAGGAUUUCCGCCCGAACCGUUCGUCCAUGAUGAUCAGCUAUGUCAUCGAAUUUGUUAGUGACUUUUUCGACCAAAACCCAAUUUCGCAGUUGAGUAUAGUGAUAAUGAGAAAUGGAUUGGCUCAAGUCGUUAGUGAGGUCAGCGGCAAUCCAAACGAUCACAUAGAGGCGUUGAAAAAGCUCAAGCGUAUUGAACCCGAAGGAGACCCGAGCUUGCAAAACGCGUUGGAAAUGUCCAGAGGAUUGUUGCUACAUGUGGCCAGCCAUUGCACAAGGGAGAUUCUUAUCAUCUUUGGUGCGUUGUUCACCUCAGAUCCGGGAAACAUCCACGGCACCAUUCAAUCGUUAGUCAAGGAAAAGAUCAACAUACGUGUCAUCGGUUUGACAGCACGAGUCGCCAUUUGCGAGGAGUUGUGCAAGUCCACUAAUUUCGGCGAUUUGAAGAACUCAUACAACGUCGUUUUGAACGAAACGCACUUCAAGGAGCUAAUCCUAGAUUGUGUGACUCCGUUGGCUGUCACUAAGGCCGAGUCGGAAAACACUGACGGUUUCACGUUGGUGAAAAUGGGUUUUCCCUCGAGAGUGAGCGAUACAGAGCCCACGUUGUGUUCGUGCCAUUCGAGAUUGGUUUACGGGGGCUACAUCUGUCCCAACUGCAAGAGUAGGGUCUGCACUCUACCGACGGUGUGUCCGUGUUGCGAUUUGAUGCUUAUUUUGUCCACACAUCUAGCCCGAUCCUACCACCACUUGUUCCCCCUAAAGCUUUUUGAUGAGGUGCCCGUAUCUGAUCACUACAGGUCGAAAUGCUGCUUCUCGUGCCAGGCCAGCUUCCCCAAGGGGCAGGGCGAAACCAGACAGCUUACUGCCGCACCGAAGACUGCUAACAAGAUGAUGAUGAGCUCCCGUUACCGCUGCAGCAACUGUGAACAGGACUUCUGCAUCGACUGUGACAUCUUCAUCCAUGAAACUCUUCACAACUGUCCCGGAUGUGAAUCGAAGUGCACUCGAGUUACGUAA